GAGAUAGAGAGAUGGAUUUUGCUUUCAGAACAUGUGACAAUAGAAAUACAGAUCAAAGUCAGUAUUUUUGGUUGUUGGAAUGUCUAGCAAAAAUGAGCUGCUUUGGGAAGACAGGGAUGUGCGAUUUGAUAUUACAUCUCAGCAAAUGAAAAUGAGACCUGGUGAGGUCCUCAUUGACCACUUGGAAUCUGUAGAAGAUACAAAGGGUAACAAUGGUGAUAGAGGGAAAAUGAUGGUAACGAAUCUUCGUAUAAUAUGGCAUUCACAAGCCAUGCCUAGAGUAAACUUGUCCAUUGGUUACAACUGCGUUCUGAACUUCAAUGUAAAAACCGCUGUCUCUAAACUUCGAGGUCAAACAGAAGCUCUUUAUGCAUUGACAAAAUGCAACAAUACUAGAUUUGAAUUUAUUUUUACUAGCUUGAUCCCUGGAAGUCCACGUUUGUUCUCAACUAUUCUUUCAGUUUUUCGAGCUUAUGAGACAUCAAAAAUGUACCGUGAAUUGAAGUUGCGUGGAGCAUUAGUAUAUGAGAAACAACUGCGUUUACUGCCAUUAGAACAAAUAUACGAAAAAGUUACUGGUGUGUGGAACCUAUCAAGUGACCAGGGAAAUCUUGGGAUGUUUUAUAUCACAAAUGUGCGCUUAGUAUGGCAUGCAAAUAUGAAUGAAAGUUUUAACGUCAGCAUUCCAUAUCUACAAAUGAAAUCCAUUCGAAUUAGCGAUUCAAAGUUUGGACUUGCGUUAGUAUUAGAGACUUCACAACAGAGCGGUGGAUACGUAUUGGGAUUUAGGUUGGAUCCUGUGGAAAAGUUACAAGAAACAGUUAAAGAAAUACAAAAUCUAUACAAGGUGUACAGUUCAUGGCCUAUUUUUGGUAUAGAGUUUGAUAAAGAAAGUAAGCCUGAAGCGUUAGAAGAACUUACCAUUGAUCCUGUUGAGGACGAUAUUGAAAUAACAGAUGAUGAAGUUACUUCGGAUGCAUUUGCGGCAUACUUUGCUGAUAGCCACCAAGAUGGCGAUCGUGAACCAGUGUUUUGUGCAAAGUUAGGGCUUGCUGUUGAAAAGCUUCGCGACGGAAUGACGCUUGAAAGUUUGUGGGAAGUUAUGCCGUCGUAACCUUUGCUCUUGUAACCUUUAACUGUUAUGCUGUGGCUAAAAACAUUCGAUUCCUAAAUAAUAUUUUUUUCUGAUUGAGAGGUCAGUGACAUAGAGAGGUUGCUUUAUCUUGAUUUCAAUAAAAUUAACCUGAAAUUUCUUUAACGGUUUGCCUUCCGAAAAGGUUGGAAAUUUUUUAAAUGUAUAAAUUAUUUGAAAUAAUGUAGUAUAUGUCGUAAAUACUAAAACAGCACAUGGAAAAUGUUGUAAAUAUAUGUAAGAUGUAUUUGUAAUGAUUAUAAAGUUUUCCGUUGCUUUUUACUUAAUUUAUUGACAGCAUUUGCUUAAAUGUUGCGUAUAAGAAAAUGUUAUUAUUCCCACCUAUCCCGUUUAGCCCGCUUUAACUUUCUGCACUAUUGCGGCAACUAUCAACUUCGCCUCGAAUCAACUUUACCACGUGGUUUCUGUUUUUCAAUGAAACACUAGAUGCGCAUGCGCGUUAUAAUUCGACGUAGAACAUUGUUUAAAAAUUACGCGUUGUCUUGUCUGAAUCCGCCAUUUUGGAAAGAAAAAUAUGUUUAUCGAUUACAAACUAAAGCGAAGAUAUGCAUGUUAGCUAUGGUUAUUUUUAAUGUUGGCUACAUAUUUAGAAGGGAUUUUGAGUUAUGUAUUACAUAUUUUAGCCAUUAAGGGCUUUGAUGCUCUGAAGUGGAGAUAUAUCUCCUCAAACUUUUUUCUCUGGAAAAAAAUUGACGCCGCUAUGAGCAAGUUGUCGUUUCGUGCCAGAGCUCUUGAUGCAAACAAGUCUCUCCCGGUUUAUCACGCCGAAGAUGUUCCUGAUUUGCCAGAUAUUGCUUCUGUCAACCGUGUUGUGCCCCAAAUGCCCACCGGAAUGGAAAA